AUGAAAGUUGAGCCGGGUACUGGGACUGAGCCGACUUCGCCACAGCAACGGCAAGGCUCUCCCGUACCACCAUCUCACCUUGACUCGCCUGUUGAACCUGAUGAAACAUGCGAACGAGAUAAAAAGAUAGUAGCGACACACGGCCUCUCGUUCUUGAAGCAAUUCGUUCAGCUUGUUCAGGACAAAACUAUUAGCUUUCCCGCAUGUCGCCCGUUUCAUGAGGAAGCAGAAGCAAUAUUAAAGCUCGAUGACAUCCCAAGAGUCUUGGUUGGCGUUCUAGGCUAUACCGGCAGUGGUAAAUCGUCAUUGAUCAACGCUCUGGUUGAUGAAGAGAUGCUUCUCCCAUGCAACGCCAUGAGGGCCUCAACCAGUGCGGUGGUUGAGCUGUCCUGGAACAAGUCCAGCAUCCCAUCUCAAGCUUACACGGCAGAGGUGGAGUUUAUAUCGGAGAAAGAAUGGCUUGACGAGCUCGAACUGCUCAGACUUGAUAUCAAAGAUCGACCAGAGGGCGAACAAUUAACUUCGAAGUCAAGUAGCGAAGCGAGUGCAUCAUAUAGCAAACUCUCCGCGGUUUAUCCUGGAAUAGACAUCGCGAAAUUGAUUGAUAUGCCGCCAAAGAAAUUACUCAAAAUAACAGACCUGUCAAAGAUUCUAGGGCAGACGAAGAUCAUCUAUGGAACGAAAGCCAACGCCUUCCACAAAGAGAUCAAGGCCUAUAUAGACAGCAGCAACCAUGGAGGAAGGUCUGGUCAGAUUGCCUAUUGGCCCCUGAUUCGACUUAUAAAGAUCUACACCAAGGUACCCAUUUUGCAGAGUGGCCUAGUUCUCGUUGACCUACCAGGUGUGGGAGAUUCAAACGCUGGAAGGAGGCAGGUGGCCGAGAGAUAUAUGAAAUCCCUGGACCAUGUAUGGAUCGUCGCGGACAUUGUUCGCGCUGUGGAUGAUCAAAUCGCUAAAGACCUGAUGGGCAGGACUUUCCGAACGCGUUUGUUGAUGGACGGAAAGUAUAACGCCGUAACGUUCAUUAUGACAAAGACCGACAAUAUCAAUCCUGAUGAAGUCAUCAGUAGUCUCAACCUGGGGGAGUCAGGUAUGAAAUCUCUGCUUGAAGAGGAGACACAGCUCAAGGAAGCACUCGAGGAAGCCAAGGAAGGCCUACAAAAGUGUAAAAAUGCACAAAAAGAGUUCAGAAAGGAGCUGAAGAGUCUCUCCGCUGUAGUUAAGGGCACAAAAUCCGCUACUGGGAGAAAACGGAAGCACUCUGAAACAGAAAGCGCCGAGCCAGAGGUGACAAACCCGGGAAACUCUUCGGGGGAUCAGUCAGAGCAGCUUCGGAUGUUGCAAGAGUCAAUGACCGAUUCAAAGAAGCAAGCACAGAAGCUAGAAACACUGAUUCGUCAAAAGAAUAAGAUGCUGAACAAGCAAAUAGUUUUAAUAAAGUCCGGCUGCAUUACCGAACGAAACAUCUAUACGCAAACUCGCCUGAAAGAAGAUUUCGAACGCGGCUUCCGAGAACUGGACCAAGAAUUGAAAGAAGCAGAAGACAACGAUCGCCCUGAGGUUGAACGUCAAGAUCUUCUGAGAGACUUGGAGACGUUUUGCAUCAGCUCUAAAGCGUUUCAGAAAUUGAAAGGCCGGUUUCCACGAGAUGCUGACAUCGUUGGCUUCGACACAGUACAGGCAACCAAUAUACCUCGGCUUCACGAUUUCGCUGUCAAUUUAACCUCGGGCGAGCGGUCGAAGAUCGUUGAUGCAAUUUUUAUUCGGUGGAAUUCCCUCAAGCACCGAUUAAAUUCGUGGGUCAAGGAGAGAGAUUUAAACGUCGACAUUGACUUGUCUUCUUCCCAGGUCAAGGCACUCAGAGAAGCUCUAGAGAAGUCGUUUUCGAUGCUGCAAACCUCAACCGAAAAAGACAUCACCAAGUCCGUUAAAAACAUACGCACGAAAUUAACUAAACAGGUCACAAAGAAGAUCCCCCCAAUAAAUCUCGAUAACUGGGAAAAGGAAACGAUAUAUUCAGAAGAAUAUAGCGCCUCCAAUAUACACUUUCAGACAUGGCGAGCUAUCUGUUUCGAGUGGAAUGCGGGCAUCGCGGAUGGAUUGCUCAGAUCAGUAUCCCGGCCUUGGAAAAAAGUGUUCCAAGACAGAAUUUUCCAAGUGCACAAGGACCAUUCAUCCAAGGUUGUCAACCUUCUCCAAGAGUUCUUAGCUUGUAUGGAGCAAGCUCUAAUGGGAAUUUGCGAAACUCCAUAUGCACCUGGAAAUCGGGUGCUCGAGCAAAUCCGACUCCGCCAGCCUAUUUUUGAACAGAGUGUAGCCGAGGCAUACGCGAGGUUCAAGGAAGACGGCCAGUCUUGCCAUCGAGGCCUAGAACCCCUGAUAAAGGAGAAAAUACGACCAGCUUACGAAACGUGCUGCGAACAACGCGGUAAGGGUAGCCUUUUGAAGAUGAAGGAAGAGUUCACCAAGUUUUUCGAAGACAAUGCCGACGAGAUAUAUAGCAUGUCUAUCCAAUUUCUGAAAAAACGGUUCAACAUUAUGACGGAGACGAAUAAAAAGCUGCUAAAGUCGGCCUCCAGCGAACUGCGAGAAGUUAUCCGCCGCGAGUUCGAAGAGAUGAUCUCGAACGCCACCCCUAAGCCUGGCACCAUCAAGCCCGAUGAGGAAAAGUUAGCCCUUCAGGAGUCGAUCUUGCAGAAGUUGAACCAAUUGGAGGAGACUUUGCAGAAGGAAUUGGAAAAUCCGGAAUCGGAGCUCAAGGCAGCGGAUCCGUUUGCAAGAUGUGUUUCGGAUGUCCACAAAAGCGACGAAAGCGACGAAGAUGAAGAUGAUUCUGAUUUAAGUUCUGAGGCAGACUGCAAGACCAACUCGGAUGUGAGCUCGGAUGCGGAGAACUCAAAUGAGAAGAACUCGGAUGAGGAGAACUCGGAUGAGGAGAACUCGGAUGAGGAGAACUCGGACAAGGAGAACUCGGAAGUAGUUAGUGACGAGGGCUUUUGA